AUUGAAGAUGACGUUUUGCUAGAAAACAUGCAUCUUUUUAAGUCUCUAACAAGAGACUUUAUUGGGUGUCCUUUGGUUCAAGAAAUCAUGAGGAAAAAUAUUAUUAUGUCUUUAGGGAGCAAUGCAAAUGAGAACCAGCAGCUUCAUUGUUUUAAUAAAGCUGGUGAGAGAGAACCAAUGACUGUGGAUUCACUCACAAAGGUUUCUGAGUUCUUGAAUGUUUCAGCUCAACAAAGGAAGGUAGUCAGGGCAACGAUAUGUCCCCAGGUAACUCAACAUCAGAUAUGGACUGGUGCGCUUGAGGUGAUACCAAAUAAGUUGAAAUCUGAGAUGGAGUACUUAGAUUCUAGGUUCCCUAGUAAAGAAACUAAAAUGGCAAAGCAAAUUGUUUUGAGCUGUCUGAAGGUUUUGGACAUUGCGAUUUCUUACAACCCCGAUUCCAGUUCAUGGAUGCGAGUUGCACCCACAAGAGAUGCUAAUUCACCUCCCACUUCACACAAAUGGGAAGACAUUCUUGAGAUGUUCAUUGAUCUUGCUGACUGCUUGAGUGAGGUAACAAAAUUAUCUCUAGAGGUUAGGAAGAUAGAGGCCAUGAAAGAAGGUCUCUAUCAGAUAAGGGAUAUUCUGAUAGAUAAAAACAUUGGAUACAGGGAAAACCGCCAUCAAGAAAGCUUAGUACAAAAGAUAUUAACCAAGAGACUGGGCCACUCAUCUCGGUGCUUAUUUACACUUCUCACGUAUUAUCUUUAUGGUAGCGUAAGCGAUAUUGAAGUAGAAGUUCGUGGGGGACUAUAUGCUGUUGGUCAUGGGGAUAAGUUCGCCUGUGCAUGGGGAAAAUAUUGACAUCAUAUGAAGAGAAAAUGCUUUUGAGAGGAGUGAAGCAGCUUGAUCGGGCCCUGGGGUUGUUUAAGUUUAUAUGGGAAACAGCCGGAGUGAAAGGAGAUCUUGAACAGCAAGGCCAUUUAUGGUGCAUUGGCACUCAUAGCAGAUCACUCACAUAUAGAGGGACUACAUUCUUGUUGCAUGGGAUUGAUUGUUUUCAUUAAGAAGGUUUACCACAGGGGAAGACACUUGAAUUUCUGUUCUUGAUCAUUGUUGCAGCAGCAGUUUAUUGUGCAUUUUUUUUUUCAAAAUAAGGAAAUUAGUUUGGCACGUCAAUGGGUGUCUGUUCAAGUGGCAAUAUAGGAACCA